AGACACUCGCUAGUCACUGCCCACAGCGGUAAUCGGACAAGCCUCAUUCCCUUCCACCGUCCGUCACCCUGCAGAGAUACGGCCUGGCGCUCUGGGCUUUAAACGCCUAAAAUGAGAGCGAACAGGGCUGCCUUGCAUCUGUAAUUCACGCGUGAGCCUCUGCUUCAGCUGUUGGUAAAGUGCUUUUUGACCUGGAGAGAUACAGGCAGCAUCGGAGAGGCACGGAGCAACAGGAAGGUACCCCACUUCCCCACUUUUCCAGCAACAGUGGGAAGAGGCACACAAGCUCAUUCAGAUGAUUCUGAUCCAUCCGGUUCCAGGUCUAUGGAAAUGCAGGAUCUAACCAGCCCACACAACAGAGUCAGUGGAAGCAGUGAGUCCCCCAGUGGUCCAGGUCUCGACAACUCGCACAUCAAUAACAACCCCAUCACCCCAAAUGGCACAGAAGGUGAUAACAUCACCAUGCUCGCCACAGCCGACUGGCUGCUAGCUCCUAGUGCGCAGGACGCUUCAGUUAAAACGGAACCAAUGAGCAGCUCUGAGAUCACCACCUCCACAGCUGAAGGCUCUCUGGACAGCUUCUCAGGAUCAGCUAUUGGAACUGCUGGCUUCAGCCCAAGACAAGCGCACCAGUUCUCCACACAGCUCUAUCCUUCCAACCGGCCUUACCCGCACAUUCUACCCACCCCCUCCUCCCAGAACAUGGCGGCGUACGGGCAGCCUCAAUACACAACGGGGAUGCAGCAAGCCACUGCCUACGCCACCUACCCUCAACCUGGCCAGCCCUACGGGAUCCCAGCCUACGGCAUCAAGACUGAGGGCGGCCUGGCGCAGGCCCAGUCUCCGGGCCAGACCAGCUUCCUGAGCUACGGAUCGGGCUUCAGCACGCCACAGACAGGACAGGCCCCCUACAGCUACCAGAUGCAAGGAAGUGGUUUCACGACGACGGCGGGCCUCUAUGCGGGCAGUAACUCCCUGACAAACUCCAGCGGCUUUAACAGCCAGCAGCAGGUUACCCCGCCAUACCCGGCCUUCAGCCAGGGCCAGUACCCUCAGUAUUACAGCAGCUCCCCAUACCCCUCCCCCUACAUGACGAGCAACAACACCAGCCCCUCCACCCCGUCCACUACAGCCACCUACACGCUGCAAGAGCCCCCGUCCGCCGUCACCAGCCAGGCCAUUACGGACCCCCCAGCCGGAGAGUACAGUACGAUGCACAGUCCAUCAACUCCCAUUAAAGAUUCAGAUUCAGAUCGAUUGCGUCGCUCCUCGGACGGAAAGUCACGCGGCCGGGGCAGGAGGAACAACAACCCGUCCCCCCCACCGGACUCCGACCUUGAGCGAGUUUUCAUCUGGGACCUGGAUGAGACCAUCAUCGUCUUCCACUCCCUGCUCACAGGGUCCUACGCCAAUAGAUACGGACGGGACCCGCCCACAGCUGUGUCAUUAGGACUAAGAAUGGAGGAAAUGAUUUUCAACUUGGCCGACACACAUUUGUUCUUCAACGACCUGGAGGAGUGUGACCAGGUCCACAUCGAUGACGUGUCGUCUGACGACAACGGCCAGGACCUCAGCACGUACAACUUCAGCACGGAUGGCUUCCAUGCCGCGGCCACCAGUGCCAACCUGUGCCUGGCCACCGGAGUGCGCGGCGGCGUCGACUGGAUGCGGAAGCUCGCCUUCCGCUACCGGCGGGUAAAAGAAAUCUACGGCACCUAUAAGAACAAUGUUGGAGGCCUCCUCGGCCCAGCCAAACGGGAAGCCUGGUUACAGCUGAGAGCGGAAAUCGAGGCCCUGACCGAUUCCUGGUUAACUCUGGCCCUCAAAGCCCUGACACUGAUCCACUCCAGGUCAAACUGUGUGAAUAUUUUGGUGACCACGACGCAGCUCAUCCCUGCCCUGGCCAAGGUCUUACUCUACGGACUGGGAAUUGUGUUUCCCAUUGAGAAUUAUAGUGCAACGAAAAUCGGCAAAGAGAGCUGUUUCGAGAGGGUCAUCCAGCGCUUCGGAAGGAAAGUUGUUUACAUUGUCGUGGGAGACGGAGUGGAAGAGGAACAGGGCUCCAAAAAGCACAACAUGCCGUUCUGGAGGAUCUCCAGCCACUCUGACCUUAUGGCUCUCCACCACGCUCUGGAGCUGGACUACUUGUAGCGCCUGCGGCAGACGGCCGAGAAACCUCCGGGCCCCCGCCCUGCCCUGACCCCCCACACCUCCCCGCUCAGCCCGUGCCCGC